AUGCUCGCGAUAUCAUUGCGACAUCUAAGCGCCUCAAUUUCUCUGCAAGAAAGUCAACUUGAUCAUCUGCCCGAGAAGCAAAUAAAUUGGUCCCGAUUUGCAUACACACAAUACGCAACGGACAGAUCGUACUUGUGUAACUCAGUCAUGAUAUUCGAGGCCCUCCAUCGGCUUGGAAGCAAAGCUGAUCUCGUGUUGAUGUACCCAUCUAAUUUUCUCGUGUCUGAGGAAGAUGAUUCACCAGAAGCUCGUUUACUACGUUUUGCAAGAGAUAAAUAUGCGGUUAAACUCAAGCCAAUGGAGGUGAUAUACAAGGGCGGGGGAGGUGAAACGUGGUCAAGGAGCUACACGAAGCUUCUCACUUUCAAUCAAACAGAAUACGACAGAGUCAUUCACUUAGACUCUGACGCGACACUCCUACAGACAAUGGACGAGCUAUUUCUGCUCCCAUCGGCUCCAGUCGCUAUGCCACUGGCAUACUGGUUCCACCAAGAAGACAAAGUUUUUACUUCCGCUCUAAUGCUCAUUCAACCGUCCACAGCAGAGUUCAGCCGUCUGACGAAUGAGAUAUGGGAUGGUGUUUCUGGCGGAUAUGACAUGGACAUUGUGAACAGGUUGUAUGGCGAUACGGCGCUUAUUAUCCCGCAUCGUCCUUAUAUGCUUCUGACGGGGGAAUUUCGCUCCAAGGAUCAUGAAGCCUAUCUAGGCAAUGCAGACGAAACGUGGGAUGCCGAUAGGGUCCUAGAAGCUGCCAAGUACCUCCAUUUCUCGGACUGGCCUGUUCCCAAGCCAUGGAUCACAGCCACUCAGCACGUGCUCGAAGAGACGCAGCCAUCUUGCGACGUACAACUUGUCACCGGUCAACAAGAUGAUUGCCACGUCCGACAGCUUUGGCUGGGGAUGUACGAAGAAUUCAGGUCCAGACGACAGGUAGGUUAUGUUUACAUUUACGCUCCAGUUUGUCAGUUUGUGGAAGAACUAACUAUGGACAGAAUAUAUGUGGCGUUGCUUUGUCAUGACGGUUCUUCGUAA